CGAUGAUGUGUUUUAGCCUUUAGAAAUCUAUGAUACACCACUGAUAUCGUUGGGUUAAUUUUAAAGUUGGUUUAUUAAAAGAGGAGCCGGGUUAUUUCAACACGGCUGAGCAUAGCACUGAACAUAAUUUCACCUCCAAAGAGGUUGAAGAAGUAGAGGGACAAUUAUUUCUGAAUGGGCAGCUCUAAAAGCAAUGGGAGCAGUCUCAAGUUUUAAGAACAAACUUUCAUCCAAAAUAGUCUUUACAUAGACUUAGAUUUUUAACAAAGAUUAUAGAACUUUUUUUAAACAAAAUGCUGUCCGUAAUCGAUUAUAGCCACUGCUAUACAAGAAAUCUCGGUGACCAGAUGAGGAUUAAAAAACUAUCUUUCAGCAUUGUAUUCAUUGUUAUUCUUUCAUUGCAUUCGCUGUUGCCCACCCAUGCAAUGAUGGUAUACCAGUUUCCUUUGAAACCAUUUAAAGGAGAGUUCAAUAUAGACAGAAAUGAAACCUUGCACAGAUUUUUCCAAAGGGACAUAUCUUCUAGUAGUAUGAUAAAUAACUUGAAAGGGGUUUCUGUGGAAGGGUAUUUCAUUGAUUUAGAUAUCGGCACUCCUCCACAAACUCUUCAAGUAUUGGUUGACACAGGCAGUGCUAACUUCGCUGUUGCAACAAGAUACGAGCCUAAUAUAAGCAAAUUUUUUUACACAAACAGAUCCAGUACAUUUGUAUAUGUUGGAACAUCAAUUUUUGUACCUUACACUGAAGGAGAGUGGACUGGGUAUUUAGCCACAGAUACAGUGUCACUGUCCUUGACCCCUAACAUCUCAGCAACAGUCAACAUUGCCUGCAUCACCUCUUCCAAAAAUUUCUUUAUAGCCAAUGCCGAGUGGCAGGGAAUUCUCGGCUUGGCCUAUUCCGAACUUUCUCGGCCAGAUUCAUCUGUUACGACAUACUGGGAUUCCUUGCGCCAGGCAAACCCUGAACUAAAAGAUGUGUUUUCCAUGCUGUUGUGUGGGUCAUCCUUUGUCCACUCAAUGAAGCCACUAAUGGAAGGAUCUCUGAUAUUCGGUGCUGUGAAUGAAUCCCUGUCUAAGAGCCCAAUACUGUACACCCCAAUAUACAAGAAAUGGUAUUACGAGGUGGUGCUUUCAGACAUCAGAAUACAAGGCACUUCUCUGUUACUGGACUGUAAAGAGUAUAACUUUGACAAGACAAUCGUAGACUCUGGAACCACCAACAUCAGACUACCUAAUAAAGUAUUUGAUGCACUAGUCAAGAGUAUAGAUUCACACAUCAGGAAAAAUGGAAUCAUUGAUAAACCGGAUAAAUAUUUCUACACGGGUGAUAUUCAAUGUUUCUUCGACAUGGCCUUGCCCUUGAAAGCUUUCCCAGUAGUGACCUUCACCCUGUUUGAAUCAGAGAACAUAUCGUUUGACUUGCACUUAACACCACAGCACUACCUGAGACUCGUGGAGACAGAUAUAAGCAAUCCAUUAUUGUCUUGUGUCAAAUUUGGCUUCUCCUCCUCCACCAGCGGCACCGUGCUCGGCGCCGUUCUAAUGGAAGCCUUUUAUGUAGUGUUUGAUCGCAAUUCUUCAAAAAUUGGAUUUGGUCAGACUACGUGCCCAUUGCCAGAUCCCUCUCACCCAUUGCUUGCUGUCACAGUUGAAGGUCCCAAUGUCGCAAGCAACACUUUGACAAAGUGCGCCUACAUGAAACCAGAGAGCACAGAGAAAUCCUUUUUGAUCCUGUCCUACGUCAUGGCUGGCCUGUCUGUGGUUGUCAUCCUGCCCCUGCUGCUGCUCUGUUUCUUCUCCAUACAAAAGAAACUGAACAGAUUGGACUCUGAUCCCAGUGAAACACAGGCUUUUUCAAAGGAUUAACUCUUCACUGUCGGAGCUACUUAAAGAUAUACUCGUUAGUCAUAGUUAACCUGAGGGGGGCAUUUUUUAAUCAGAAAACCAGUGUUCAGAAUUAUUUUACAUUAUUUUUUAUACUUAUACCUAUUAUUUUUAAGUCUUCUCCAAGCAUUUCAUAUAAGCAUAUUACUUAACAGAUUAUUUUACAAAUUUUAGUAGUAAAGCAUUUUACUACAAUAUGCAUUUUUAAAACAUUGUCAAGUUUUUAUUCAUAUAUAGUCUGGCUUAGUUUUCUGGUCAUUGUUUUUGGUUUUCCCAUCAUGUUCCUAUUCAACUUCUCAAUACAGUUAAUCAAAUACUAAAAAACCGCUUUAAUGAAUAAUUAAUUCAUUAGUGGUCUGCACAAUGAUUCUCUUCAAAAUUUAAUUUUUGCCA